AUGUUGGCAGUCAAGAAGGAGGAGCUGAAGCUCAGCAUGCUCAAGGCGGAGGACCAGGAAGGAUGCUCAAAUAAUAUCCUAAGAGCUCGUUCGUUUCUUCGCCUCUCUCGCCUUCCCCCGUGCAGCCACGUUGGCAGUCAAGAAGGAGGGCUUGACGCUCAGCACACUCACGGCGGAGGGCCAGGACGGACGUUCCAGCCGCAUUCCGAAAGUUUGAAAGUCACUUUUCUUCCUUUCCCCACCCAUUUCUCCUCCACCCGUGCAGCCAUGUUGGCAGUCAAGAAGGAAGGGCUGAAGCUCAGCACGCUCAAGGCGGAGGACCAGGAGGCGCCAGCAAUUUUCCAAAAGGAGGGUCUGAAGCUCAGCACGCUCAAGGCGGAGGACCAGGAGGCGCCAGCCAUUUCCGAGAGCUUUGAGGCGGAGGCAGAGGGAGCAGCGCCGCAUGCAGCCAUCCCUGCAUCCACGCUCGUGCCCUUCCCGCUGCUGCUGAGCGCGGAGGCGUACACCCCCUGGACCAUCCCCUUCCGCAGCGCCAAAGACCCCCCUGGUCAGCUCACCGACACCGAGACGACAUGGAUUGAUGUUUUCCGCCGCAGCAUCGAGCCGUUCGGGAAGCGAGCAGCCAGCGACGAAUCUGUGGAGAACGCUGCAGAGAAGGCGAAGGUCUUUGAAGAAAAGUACGCAGCGAUCCUCGAUGACUUUGCCAAGGAUCCAAGCAGCCAUGGCGGCCCUCCCAACCCAGUGAAUCUGUGCCGGCUGAGGGAAGUCUGCUUGACAGAGGCCGGCUUUAAAGACAUCUUCAAGAAGACCAAGGCGGAGGAGAAUGAGAAGGCACUGGCGAUGCUGCCGGCGACGCUGAAGAGAAUCGAUGCAGUGGAGGAUCUUAAAGAGAGGAUAGAGGUGCUGGUCAAGGGCGUGCUGGCUGGAAACAUCUUUGACCUGGGAGCCAACAACUCCGCAGCACUGGUGGAGGGCGAGGGGCUCUCAUUCGAGAAGAGCUUUGAGCAGCUGCUGCCACGCCCGUGGGUGUUUGACCAAGUGGCUGAGUUCCAGAAGGCGUGGCUCGACCGCACGUGGAAGAAGGUGGUCGUAUUCUGUGACAACUCCGGAGCAGACCUCGUGUUGGGGGUGCUGCCGCUGGUGAGGGAGCUGGUGAGGCAAGGCGCACAGGUGGUGGUGGCGGCUAACGACAUGCCCUCCAUCAAUGACGUCACCUACAACGAGCUCCUCUCGCUCGUGCAAAAGGUGCAAGUGACAAUAGAGGAUGAGACUAUAAGCGCAGGCAUUGACAGCGGACGUCUUCUUAUUGUCAACUCAGGCAGCGAUGUUCCUGUUGCUGACCUGGCGCACAUAUCUCCUGAGCUGGCGUUUGCUGCUGAAGAUGCUGAGCUGGUCAUAAUGGAGGGCAUGGGCCGUGCCAUAGAGACCAAUCUGCAUGCGCUCAUGACAUGUGACAAGCUCAACAUCGGCAUGGUGAAGCACAAGGAGGUGGCUGAUUUUCUGGGUGGUCGCAUCUAUGACUGUGUGGUCAAAUACACCCCAGGAGACUAUGUCCCUACACCCUCCCGAGCCCCCAAGGUCCCAACCCACCUCUCAUCCGCAUGA